AAAAAUGUUGUAAAUCCAAUGAGUUAUUUGUUUUCAGCGUACGUGACACCUAACAUUUCUCAACUCUGUUUUGGUUCCCAGGCGUUGAUGGAGGGGCCGUUGAGAGGUGUUUGGGAAGGACACUAUGUUUCCCUGUGUCUCCUCCUGGCCCUCUUCUGAUCCCCCUGCCGCUCUCAGCCAUGCUCCACCCAGUCCCCCGCUACAUCCACCCAAUCAGCCACUGCCCGACCUUCUGCGGAGCUGCGUUCUGCUCCCUUCCCCAUCCGUGCGCCUGAGCCCUUGCACCGCCGAGAUGGAGUCUAUGAUCGUGGUGACGGAGUACGAGCCCAGCGGAGGCUCAGGGCAGGAGGGCGGAGAGGAGGAGGAGGUGGAGGACAUGGACAGUUCCGAAACACCGGAGCCUACGUCAUCAGGUCCCGUACCGCCCUUCCGUAUGGCCUCCUGUGAUCUGCUUUCGCAUACGAUUGGCCGACCGGAAGCCCUUUUCCCAGAGCCGCCAGAGCACAGAGGGAGACUCAGCCUGUCCGAUAGGAAGCUGUCGCUACAGGAGCGCUCGCAGACGCUUUCAUCGCCCUGUGGGUCGCCGGGGCUCAACGGACGGUAUAUUUACCCAUCACUUCCCUACUCGCCGAUCACUUCUCCUCACUCUUCUCCACGUCUCCCUCGCAGACCAACCGUGGAGUCACAUCGUGUGUCCAUCACAGACCUGCAGGACUGCGUGCAGCUCAACCAGUACAAGCUGAAAGAUGAGAUCGGAAAGGUAUGUUUAUUUUUCAUUUAUUAUUCAUGCAUUGAUCAUUUCCUGCUGAGAGACUGAGAUGAUUGAACACUG